UUUUUUUUUAGUCUUUAACUCCGGGCAGGCCGAUACUUUCUAACCAAUGUGUUGAAUCAGUUUCAGUCGCUGCCUCCUCCUUCUCCUUCUCCUCCUCCUCCUUCUCCUCCUCUUCCACAUAUCGAGAGUUAAAGUCGUGUCGUGGACAGACCCCUCCGACGAAACCGAAACACGCUUCAGCCGAGUUUGAGCGAAGAGAAGAGUUGGCUGAAUUCCCCGGGAGAGACGGACGCAAUGUCUCCGUGCGGCUGGACGUGACCGUGUAUUUACGGUAUCUACUACGGUAUUUACCUUUGUGCUGCGCCAUGUCUGACGCUGGCGUGUCUGUGACUGACAACCGUGAUACUAGCAGCAUGCCACGCAGGCAGCUGACUUCUCCAAAGUUAAUGCAACUUCUUCGCCUUCCACUCAAAAGUGGCCAUUUCGGCGUGUCCAUUUGACGCAUACUUAUUUAUUUUAUUUUAUUUUAACAAAUCCGCUUCGGCUCCUUAUUUAAGACCGUGGCAAUGAUGAAAGUUAGGAGAUACCUCAGGGGGAGUGGGAGGGUGCUCGCGUUUGUGUUCGUAGCCUCUGUCAUUUGGCUGCUGUUUGACAUGGCUGCGCUGCGCCUGUCCAUGAACGACGCGAACAGCCAGCUGCUCAAAGAGCGGGUGAUACGGGAAAGGGAGAUGCUCAAGCAGCAGUCCAGGGUGACCCAGCUGGUGAACCUGGGCUUCAAACACCCGGUGCAGAGGGUGGACCUGGCUGCUACGCACGCCGGGGGAGGUGCGCUCAAUCCGGCCGGAAAGCUCGCCAGUGUGUACAGGCGCGGGGGCAGGCAGCGACCCCCGAUGCUGGAGGACAGAAAGCCACAAGGGAAUGACAUUCUCGCGAGUGACAGGUUUAGAUCUGUAGCUUCUAAACACAACGAUGGAGGUGCCUUACAUAAUAGUGUCACGCAAAAGCAGGGUGCGCCCGCUCAUAAAAAAGCAGUAAACCUGGAUCUUAAUAUUGCCAAUGGAACCCAAGUGCCUCCAUCUGUUCAGAAAAUCAAACCGACUCAUAAGAUUAGAGCAGAUCGUGCCCGGGAUUCGGUGGGGAAUGAGAAAGUUAAGGAUGACCUCGCCAAGGCUGGAACGAAGCAGGCACACCUUGUUAAAACAACACCCCGACAACCUGCCAACAAGGAUGUGAACAGGAAGGAGGUCAAAGAGGAGGAGAAGCGGGUCAGGACGAAGGAUCUGGACGGAGGAGAGGAAACCGCGAAGCCUGCGGUCAGGCUCCAAGCAGGAGAGAACUCCACGGCGCUCAGAAAACAGAGUGUGCACAAAGUGCUUUCUCUAGAUAUGACCCACAGUCCCAGAGACGUGAACGCCCUGGGCCAGUUCGGUCAGGCUGUGAUCGUCAACGGUGACAAAGACGCGGAGGUGAGGAGGAGAUGGAACGAAGGCCAUUUUAACGUCUACCUCAGUGACCAGAUCCCAGUGGACCGGGCCAUCCCUGACACAAGGCCCGACACGUGUGCACAGAACCUGGUCCACGACAACCUGCCUUCCACUAGUGUGAUCUUCUGUUUCGUGGAUGAAGUGUGGUCAACACUGCUCCGCUCCGUGCACAGCGUGCUCAACAGGUCUCCACCGCACCUCCUCAAAGAGAUCAUUCUGGUGGAUGAUUUCAGCACGAGAGAUUAUCUCAAGGGCCAGCUGGAUGAGUACAUGGCUCAGUUCCCUAAAGUGCGAAUCAUUCGUCUGAAGGAGCGUCAGGGCCUGAUCAGGGCCAGACUGGCCGGAGCUGCUGUUGCGAAAGGUGACGUACUUACCUUCCUCGACUCCCACAUCGAAUGUAACGUGGGCUGGCUGGAGCCGCUCUUAGAGAGGGUUUAUCUGGACCGCAAGAAGGUGCCCUGUCCCGUUAUUGAAGUCAUCAGCGAUAAGGAUAUGAGUUAUAUGCUGGUCGACAAUUUCCAGAGAGGUAUUUUCAAAUGGCCUUUGGUGUUCGGCUGGAGUGCCGUACCAGAUGAGUACAUCAAGAAGAACAACAUGACCAUCUCGGAUCCAAUCAGAUGUCCUGUUAUGGCUGGGGGCCUCUUCUCCAUAGACAAAAAAUACUUCUUCGAGCUCGGUGCCUACGACCCUGGUCUGGACGUGUGGGGCGGAGAGAACAUGGAGAUUUCAUUUAAGAUCUGGAUGUGCGGCGGAGAAAUCGAGAUCAUCCCCUGCUCUCGGGUGGGACACAUUUUCCGAGGGCAGAAUCCUUACAAAUUCCCCAAGGACAGGCAGAAGACGGUGGAGCGUAACCUGGCGAGGGUGGCGGAGGUUUGGCUGGAUGAGUACAAGGACCUUUUCUAUGGCCACGGCUACCUCCACCUGCUGGAUAAAAAGGCCACUGACAUUGGCAACUUGACGGAGCAGAUCGAGCUGAGGAAGAAGCUCAAAUGCAAAAGCUUCAAAUGGUACCUGGAUAAUGUGUAUCCGGACAUGAAGGUCUCUUUGGUCAAAGCUGAAGGCCUGGUCUUCAAUCGUGGCUUGAGGAAAUGCCUCGCUCUGCAGAAAGACUCUUUGUCCUUUGAGACGUGCGAUCUCAGCGAGCAGAGUCAGCACUUUAACUUCACCUGGAUGAAACAGAUUCGGCAGCGGGACCUGUGUGUUGCUCCUCAAGGGAAGGGCAGUGGCUUCACUUUACAGCUAUGUGACAACACCGAGCCCAAACUCCGCUGGUUCUACAAAUCCUCCAGCUCCGCUCUGGCUGAGCACUUCAUAGCAGAUUUUGCUUCCCAGCACAUGUGCCUGGAGGCGGAACGUCAGAGCGGCAGCCUUCGCCUCAACCCGUGUGAACCCAGCAACACCUUCCAAAAGUGGCAGUUUACACGCUACCACGCAUAGCGAUAAGACCUGAAAUGGGUUUUAUGUGUUAAACGUGCACUACAGAAGCCUUCAGUGGCCUCACACUACAGCAUGGACUGUCCAGAGGAAGAAUGAAGCAUUUUGGUGGCAGUAAUUUGUGGGAUAUAAAGUAAAUUGUGUGGGAUUGCGAAACAGUAUUUGGACCUGGCCUUUCUCAAAUUAGAACAGUUCCUGUAUGCUGCAAGUUUUUUUUUUUUUUAGUUUUUUUUUUUUUUUUUAAGAACUGGGCUUCAGAUGUCUAUGGGAGAAAACUGACCCUGACCAGAUCUUUACUACAACAUAUGCAAUGAGAAAGAUGAAAUGGUGCCUCCUACAUUUUCUCUACUGGGACAAUUUGUGUAAAAAUACAUAAUAUUUUAGGAUAUUUGGUGAGACAUCUGUUUUUUCGAGGUGUUGUGUGCUUUGCAAAGUCACCUGGGUUGGUUUUUAAUGCUGCAUUUUUGACAUUAAGGUUUCCUUGUAAAAGACUGUUCCUUUGUAUGAUUUUUCGUCACUAGAGGGAAGUGUUGGUUCAGAACACUCGAUAAAUCUGUGCUGUGAUUUCAUUUUUUUUUUUUUUUUUUUUUACCAGACCUUUUAAAUCAAGUUGUAAAAAGAUUUUCUUAAGGAAGUGAAAGACUGUAAAUAAAAUGAAUACGAUUAACAGUA